CAGGGAGCGCUAAUCAUCGUAUUGAAUGGGAAAGUUUAAAACGAAGAUUGGAGGACAACUUUUUGGGAUGAAUUAUGUUCAAAAACAAGGUUUGACUGUAUAAGCUUGAAAAGAAAGAAAAAAUUUUCCUGCAAAAACUUUUGGUGGAUAAUCAGAUCUUAAAAUGAUACUAGUUGUAAUCUUCAUCAUAAGAAGCAUGACGAUAUGAACAUGUCACCUUCAAGCAUGCUUGGAUCUUUACAAAAUAUUUAUUGUAAUGAUACAGCUGUAUUGGAAAAAUGCAGAGAACUCAGCAUCAAUUCAACUCAAAUUGAAAAUAAGAAAAAUUUUUAUAUUGGACUGAGUCUGGCCGUCAGUUCUAGUUUGUUUAUUGGUUCAAGCUUUAUAGUAAAGAAGAAAGGUCUUUUGAGAAUUAAUAGGCAUGGUCAAAUUAGAGCAGGAUUAGGUGGCUUUGGUUAUUUGAAAGAAUGGAUAUGGUGGGCUGGUUUAUUAUUGAUGGGAAUUGGUGAAGGUGCCAAUUUUGCAGCUUAUGCAUUUGCACCUGCAUCUCUUGUUACACCAUUGGGUGCUCUAAGUGUACUUGUAAGGACAAUAAGGACUGCAUCAAGUGUUGGAGUACCUGGGCACAAAUGCAUAAAGUGACCUUAGUCCUUGGAAGAAAAUGAGCUACAGGACUCAGGAUCUUCAGCUGAACAAGCAGAGUUGAAGACUGAAGCUAUUGAUAUACAAAUAAAAAAAACUGUAAAAUGUUUUAAAGAACCAAAUAUCAUCUGUAAACUUUGAAAUACUUUUCAGCUUAUUUUCAGAUAUAAUGGUAUUGUAACAUUUGAAGUGUAACAAACAUGAGUGUGUGAGGAUAUUGUCCAUAAUAAUAAUAAUUAAAAAAAAAUUAAAUGCUGUGACUACACUACCGUAUUUUCAUAUCACUUAUCUUUUUCGUCCAUGUGCAGGAUGUCCAAAACUUAUUCACUUGUGAGGACAUGUAUGUAAAAUAUGUGAAAAUAAAUGUGAAGAAAUAAAAAGUCUUAUUUAACAACAUUAAAGAGUUAAAUCUACAGUGGCUUGUUUUUGCUAAACGGGAAAUGACAUCACAAUUUUUAAUUCCUUGUUUUAUGGCUUUAAACAGGAGGAAUAAUAAUAGUAAUAAUAAUUGCUAAUGAUAACACCCUUCAACUGCUGUAUAUCAUCGGGCUAUAAGUUGACAAAUUAUAGCCUGAUGAUAUAUGGCAGUUGAAGGGUGUUAUUGCAAUGUAUUGGAUUUAGUAAAGAUGUUUAUAUUUAUAAUGCUAAUGAUAUCGUAAAAUAAGAAAGUUAUACAUUAAAAAAAAAAAAAAGAAAA